GGAGAACUGAGAUAAGUCUCAGAAGUGAGAACAUGCUGCAUCAUAUACCGGCAAGAGUUUUCGCCUUGAGGUCAAGGUUUCUCAUACCCAGCUGUAGAGCUUGUACCAAGCAAAUGUAUAAUUCACAAAAAGCUGGAAAUGACAGUAUCACUACAUUAAACUCAUUGUGUGAUCUAAAAAGCCAUCUCAAGGAUACCCAGUUUAUUUUUCGCCCUUUCUCACUUGAUCACAAUGAACUCUCGUUGCUCCACGACCUUGUUGUAUCUCAUACUCCCGAUAACUUCCAUGAAGGAACGAAAGCAAAAAUAGCCAAGAAAAUAACCAAGAUAUUUGAUGGGUAUAUCAAGAGACUUGUGUAUGCAACAAUACUUACCUGUCCGUGGUUUUCGGGCUCUCAGUUGGAAGAGUUUUCAAAGGCUAGGAAUAACGUGCUUUACAUUGUCUUUGUGUCACGAGAUGAGCAGUUUUUUUCACUAAAAAAUCAGCAUGAGAAAGAGUUAUGCGACAUUAUUGAUCGAGGUUUUAUGUUUGCUUGUGAUGUGAGACAUUUUGGUGGUCAGCUUCAUCAUGGUGAUGACAGGGCAGUCGAAGCUUUUUGCUCACCUCCGGAAUCAAUCAUCUUCAGCUCACCGGAAUGGAUCAAUCUGUCAUCACUUCUUGAUCCAGUCUCGCUUCUGACACGUACAUUUGUUAAGCGUUGUGUAGGAAAGUCCGUUGGCUCUCUUGUCAAGAAAAAACCGGUCUCUGGCAGACUGGAGGUUAGAGAUGAUGCUCUUCUAAGCAAUUUCUGUGACUCUUUUAGGCUUCUUUCUUAUGCUGAGUCAGCAAUUAACAGAAAGCCUAUUACUAGUUGGUUUAGCGUAGGCGUGACUGAGGAAGAAAAAGAAAUACUCCAGUCUUUGACGCAAGCAUUUGAAGGUUUAGUACACAAGGAGCAAUUGCUGGAACUUUUAUUGAAAGUGGAGCAAAGAGUGACUGAAGGCAUAGAGAAAGUGCAUACUUCCCGGCUUAAAUGUACCAUCGAUUAUGGAGAAUGGCUGACUAAAAUGAGGAUGGAAGGAGCCAACUUUUUGUUACCUCAAAAACUGGAAUCAGAUUUACAUGUAGAUCCUCAUCGUGACUUUCUAGACUCUCUAUAUUUAAGAAGCAUACACAGUCAUGACGUGAUUUUGAUUGCUAAGGCAGGGAGUCACAUGUAUAAUCUGGCUGUACCUACAUCUGACACUGACUAUGUAGUGGUGUACAGAAAACCAACACAUGUUUUCUACUAUUAGUGUCAGGAAUCCUUAUGUCCCGUCACCAAACCUCACAUUAUUGUUUUGUCUCAUUGUCCUAUGGGAUACAGGGGAUGUCUUGGAAAUCUCCCCUCCACCCCAUACCCCACAUUUACAGUACAGGUCAAUAAAAACUUCCCGUUGCGUUGGCGUUGAACGGGCGUAUCCCGUUAAAACUGUAGGCGGAAACCGUUUCCAUAACGUUGCCACGUUGCGUUUUCUGAAAGCGUUUUCUUGGUUGGAAGACGUUUUAGCUCAAAAACUAUCCAAGACAGUCUUAGGUCCCUUUAAAAAGGACGCGUUGGUAAGUUUAUAUUGAGCUUGUUUUGUCUAACGGCAUUUUCUUAGGGCUAUUCUACGCUUCCGCCAGUGAUGACUCGGUAGUGAUGUAGACUAGUAAUGAUGGAGUCCGCUGUCAAGAGCUCCAGUGACGGUGAAUACAGAUCUUGGCUGCUGGAUGCUUUAGUGAUAAUGGUUGUUUCUAUUUUUAUUAAUAAUAAUACUUUUUGUUAAAAAGAAAAAUAACAACAAUAAUAAAUAAGCCACUCCUUCACGUAACCAUAGCUACUAAUUGUAGUCAAUUAACUGCGCGCGAGUAUUGCAGAGUAUUACAGGCGGCAAAGAUGGUUUACUCUUCAUACAAGAAGAUGAGGAUUCUUAGCCUAUCCAGAAGAGGACACAGGUCUACCACAAUCUGUAAACUUCUGGAACAGGAAGGAUUGAUAUCAACAUCAAGAGGAAUCAGAUAUUUCCUUAAGAAGUACAGAACAACUGGUAAAAUAAUUAUUAUA